UAGCUUUUCAAAGCUGGCUCUGGGAGCUUAAGGAGAGCGACGCUGACGUGGUAGCCCUGCCGCCGCUUUCGUCGCAGGAUAAUAAGCUGGGUAGAGUCGCUGGGGAUCUACCACAUCCACUGAGUAACUAUGGAAGACUAUACCAAGAUAGAGAAAAUUGGAGAAGGUACCUAUGGAGUUGUGUAUAAGGGUAGACACAAAACUACAGGUCAAGUGGUAGCCAUGAAGAAAAUCAGGCUAGAAAGUGAAGAGGAAGGUGUUCCUAGUACUGCCAUUCGAGAAAUAUCUCUAUUAAAAGAACUUCGCCAUCCAAAUAUAGUCAGUCUUCAAGAUGUGCUUAUGCAAGACUCCAGGUUAUAUCUCAUCUUUGAAUUCCUUUCUAUGGAUCUCAAGAAAUACUUGGAUUCUAUCCCUCCUGGUCAGUUCAUGGAUUCUUCACUUGUUAAGAGUUAUUUGUACCAAAUCCUGCAAGGGAUUGUGUUUUGUCACUCUCGAAGAGUUUUACACAGAGACUUAAAACCUCAAAAUCUAUUGAUUGAUGAUAAAGGAACAAUUAAACUGGCAGAUUUUGGUCUUGCCAGAGCUUUUGGGAUACCUAUUAGAGUAUAUACACAUGAGGUAGUAACACUCUGGUAUAGAUCUCCAGAAGUAUUGCUGGGGUCAGCUCGCUACUCAACUCCAGUUGAUAUUUGGAGUAUAGGUACCAUAUUUGCCGAACUAGCAACUAAGAAACCACUUUUCCACGGGGAUUCAGAAAUCGAUCAACUCUUCAGAAUUUUCAGAGCUUUGGGCACUCCCAAUAAUGAAGUGUGGCCAGAAGUGGAGUCUUUACAGGACUAUAAGAAUACAUUUCCCAAGUGGAAACCAGGAAGCCUAGCAUCCCACGUCAAAAACUUGGAUGAAAAUGGCUUGGAUCUGCUCUCGAAAAUGUUAGUCUAUGAUCCUGCCAAGCGAAUUUCUGGCAAAAUGGCACUGAAUCAUCCAUAUUUUAAUGAUUUGGACAAUCAAGUUAAGAGAAUGUAGCUUUCCCACACGUUGUAUCAAGAACAGAUAGUUGUAUUUUUACUGUUAACUCUGCUUUUGUCUUGUGUAUUUUUCUUUUCUAUGUUGUAAAACUUAAGCUUACUUCAUCUUCUGAUUUCAAAGUGUAACUUAAAAAUGUAAAUAUUGUUCUAUAUGAAUUUAAAUAUAAUUCUGUAUAUGUUUGUAGAUUCCACUGUAACAACCUAUUUGUUACUACAAUAAAACUAUAUAAAUCUAUUGUUGAUGUCAAAAUCAGGGAAAAAUUUGAGUUACCUUAAAUCAUCUCAACUCUCCGACAGUCUGGUUUUCCUGUAGUUGGAAAUACUAGAGUUCAGGAAAGUGCUAAGUUCAAAGUUCCUAAUUCUUUGAAGUAUUUUUAACUUCUGAAUGUUUAAAUUUUCUUGUCAGUUUCUUGCCGUGUGGUAACUAUAUAAACCUGCCUAAAGAUGAAUCUUUUUCUACUGGUAUUUCAAUUUGUGAUCUAAAUGUUUAGGCAUUCAGAAUGACAAAACUAUCCAGAUUUGAGAAAUGAUGCCUAAUUUAUAGAGGUUUUCAGUAACUUAUAAAACUAACAUGAGCGUAUGCCAAGUUUGCUAGGUUUUACAGUCAGAGAUCAAGGGCUGUCCACAGCUGGAAAGAACAGUUUAGAAAAUUUAUGAGCCAUCCUAUUUUUAGGUAGCUCAUGAAAGUUAUUUGUCUGAGUGAAUUCUUUUGCCUCAGGUCAGAGGUAAUAAUCAUGCAAAGGAGUUGUUUAUCUUGGCUUUCAAACCUGACUUUAAAGCUGUUUGCAAAUUUUGACAUAGUUUAUUAGCAGCCUUCUUAGAAGGUUCUAAUGUAUGAUUAUUUAGCUAAAAUCUCUAGCUUUGGGAAUUGAUUAAUAAUGCUGCUCAUUGUGGUUUUUACUUAUAAACAGCCUAAUUAUUUGUUGUAGCCAAGAGAAAUGUCUCUAAAAAUAGCGAUGUCAUUUUUCAUGUACCUCUCUCCACUGUCUGCCCAUACACUCCGUUUUUCCUCCUGGUUACCUGGGCUUGGCUGUGCAUUCCUGUGCCACUGAUCUGGUUGAUUGGCUAUGCAAUGAGUGAUCUACCUAAUCUAUGUUGUCUUAGAAGUUUUGCACUCAAGGAGAAGGUAUGCACUUUUUGCACUUUCUUUGGCAACAGGGCUUGUAAAGUGAGAGGUUUGGUGGCCUGUUCUAGGUCCUGUGGCAGAAGCCAGCCUGCAGGAAGGGAGUGCUGAGCCUCGAGAUGGAAGUUGUUGAAGGUCAUGUUGUGGAGAGAUUUCACGGUGGACUCUGGCAAAUGAAGGGUCACAGAAAAGAUUUAAUUGAGAUGGUGAAAUGGCACAUCUAGUAGAGACUGGUGUUUUCUGACCCACGAAAUACUGAAGUGGCUCUGUUUCACAGACUGCAGCCCUUUAGCAGCAGUUCAGGAUCGGCAUCAAUCACUGGCACCCCCACCCCCAACUAUCUGUGUAUUUUAUGUAACUAUUCCUUGGUACUUUUGUUUCAAUAGUAUGUAGAUGCAUUGGUGUCAUCACUGUUCAGGGCCUUGUGGAUUGGGUAGCGGCCUUGUGCCUCCUCAUUGCACUCUGCCUGAAAAGUCUGUAAUUCAUCAAUUUAGAACCUACUUGGUAGACCAGGGAACUGAGAUGGUAGAACACUGCCAUCAGUUGCUACGACAAGUGACCUAUUUUUUGUCCUGCACCACCCAUCUGUAAAGUCCUACGUGAAGUGUACGUCAUCCUGGGUGACUGGGUGAAAAGCUACUGAACUGGGUCCUCGUCUGGUACAUAUUUUUAAAUAGGCUUGUGCUGUGGUGAUGGUGCUGCUGAUUAAUUUUAAAACGGAGCUUGUCUCUGGGCCACUAGGUCUUAAAUCUGUGGUGUGCUAGAAAUACCUGAGCCCAACUCUGGUCUCACCCUGAACAAUUCUGAAAUUGAAAAUUGGAAAAUGUGUUUUCAAAAAAAGUUCCCCAAGAUGGUUCUAAUGCUGCCAAUUAUCACCAUUUGGUGGUGAAUUUAAUGACUUUGGACCUAUGUCUAGUUUCACUUGUCUUAAAACUUGAUGUUAUCUUACAUUAACUUGUUCUAUUUCUCUUUCAGGCUGUACUCUUUAGUGAGGGGAGAGGGUUGUGUAUUUUAUCACCAAUAGAAAACUUCCAUUUACUUGAGCAUAGCACUGUAACAAUUGCUCUAAUUGCUCUCUCUCUCUCUCUCUUUUUUUUUUUUUUGGCCCUCCCUGAGGCAUGUAGAAAUUCCUGGGCCAGGGAUCAAAGCUGUGCCACAGCAGCAAUCUGAGCUACAGCAGUGACAAUACCAAAUCCUUAACCUGCUAAGCUUACCAGGGAACUCCUCAAUUGCUCCAUCUUAUCGCUGUCCCUAGUCUUCAGAGAAGGGUUUUGUUUGUUUAAUUAAAAAUAUUUAGGCUGUAAUGAUGCAAAAAUUUAAUAUGUAUAGUAAAAUCUUGCUAAUUUAUAUAUAUGGCAUAUAUGAGUUCAUGAAAAAAAUGAUGUGUUCUCGAGUUAAUAAAAGAUCUUUGGGGAACUUGGGUAAUAUACUGAAAUUUUAAUUAGUAAAAUAAUUUUUAAAGUACCUAAGGAGACUUGAGUUCUAGGGUGUCUAGGUGGGACACCUUGUACAUUAGUACCUUUAGCAGUUCAUAAUAGGUCAACCUCAGUCCCACCUCUGUUUAAAUAUCUGCUGAAUUAAAACUAGAGUCAGUGAGGUUCACAGGAUCAUUUGCAUUUCAUGAGUGGAGUAGAGACAACUAGAGAUGUUUGGACUGUGACGUUAAAAGAGUAGUGGGUGUUUAAAUAGGUCUGGGACAAGAUCUUUUUUUAAAUUACUCAAUGAAUUUUAUGACAUUUAUAGUUAAACAUGUCAUGGCUCAGUGGAAACGCAUCUGACUAGUAUCCAUGAGGAUGCAGGUUCCAUCCCUGACCUCUCUCAGUGAAUUAAGGAUCUGGCUUUGCCAUGAGCUAUGGUGUAGGUCACAGAACAGCUCAGAUCCUGCAUUGCUGUGGCCGUGGUAUAGGACAGCAACUGCAGCUCUGAUUCAACCCUUAGCCUGGGAACCUCUAUAUGCGCAGGUGUGGCCCUAAAAAGACAAAAUACGAAAAAAAAAUGAAGUUUCUAAGAUGUCUUAAAAGCUUCAGAAAAAAUGUGCAGAGGAUGAAGGCUCUGUUGAGGAGGACAAAGGGUAUCAAUAAUACCAGCAUUCCUUAGAAUGCUGAAGAUCUGGUUUUCCAAGUUGAAUUAGGAUCUUGUUAAGAGAUUUCUGGUCCAUUCCCAGAGUUUGAUUAAGUAGGCCUUGCAUAGCCAUGAAUAUACUUUCUUAGGUUUCCAAGUAAUGAUGCUGAUAGUCCAGAGACCACACUUGGAGAAUCACUGUGUAGCUCUCAGAAGUGGAGAUUCUAGACAAUAGAAGAAGCUCAGCUAUUUGGUCAGCUUGUCAGGGGAAGUACAGAGAUGCAAAAGGAGAGACUGAGCUAAGGCCAGGCAUGCAUCUAGAGGGUGAAGUGAAACUCAAUCUUAAAUUGUCAUUGUUGGGAAAAAACAAUGAUAUAAAGAUCCCAGUUUUAGAGCUGGAUUAGGCUUGGUUCCUAUUUCUGCCAUUUCUGUCUAUAGCUUUGAGCAAGUCAUUCAGUGUCUUUAUUAUACCAUGGAGAUAAUAAUUAGGAUUUAAUAUUUAUAUAAAUGUAGAAAUACAUAAUCGGGAUUUUUGCGAGAGAUGUAGGUUGUGAUGCAUUCUGCAUGUACAAUGUAUAGGACGUGCCCUCUCUUUGUUGGGAUGCCCUAAAUGUUUUUUUCAAUACAUUACAAAUACUGAUUGGGCAGUAAGGGCAAUUUUCUACCGUAGCAAUGAGUGCUUACAUCUUAAAAUGGCAACACAUGGUGCAUUCUUUGCAGAAUAUGGGUAAUGUUCCUGGCACGUGGUAAUAUCCUUUCUCCUUUGAACUCUCAGCACUUUUUUUUCAUAAUACCUCUUCUAGCAGUUUUAUUUUCUCUCUUACUAAAGUCUAAGUCCAUUGAGUUCAUGUCAUGUUCUUUUGAUCCUCCAGUCUUCAGUUGAGUGCUUCAGCAUAAGACACCAUCACAGUCCUUCAGUGUUGUUCAAAGGUUGUGGCACUUCCCCUUCAGUAAUAACUGAAUAUCUAUAGUGAGCAGCCCUAUGCUUUACAUACUUUUCCAGUUCUUUCCAGCAACCACGCAAGGGAGCAGUCACCUUCUUAUAGAUGUCGAAACUAAGAUUCACGGAGCUUAAGUAACUUGCCAAAGGUCACAAGGCCGGUGAACGCCGGAGCAAGCAUCUGGGGGGCUUUCUGACUUCACCCUGUACUCCUUCCAUGGAACCAGGUUGGUUCCCAAGAUAAAACCAUAAAGGGAAUUGUGUAUUUAGUUUCAAAGCUUAAGGAAGAACUGAAGAAGACAGGCAAAUACUAAAGCCAGUGCAGUCCAGAAGCCAAGGAACACCAAGCUCAGAGUUGUUCAGACCAGCCCCCAGGCCUUCAGACCCUUCAGCACCCAAGCUUCUGACGGAGACUCUACCUCAAGGUGGACAGGACCAAAGGGUUUUCUUUUCCCUUUUUAGGUAGCAAUGUCCCCCUUUAUCAUAUUGCAUGUGGUCCUCUUGGGGCUCUUAAUUCCAGUUCCUUGUUCUUCAGGGUGACCCAGAUUGGACUGUCUCAGUAUACCACAGCCCAUCAGCAGUAAUUGGUCCAAGGGGUGGGCAAAUGACCUAAAACAAGACCCAGGAGAGUCCUUGCUAUAGAGACCUUGAGAAGAUGAAGUCUUUCUGCUGAUAGUGCUCUACUGGGACGACAUGGCUGAAGCUGAGAAAGUGAUAAAGGUUCCAGGGAGCUUCAUAACCCAGUUCUAACCCCAGUUCUGGUCCUACUGAGGCCCUGGUUCUGGCAGUGCUGCCUUAAGGUUUGUGAGCUACCCAGAACCCCUUGUAGGUGUAGGAGUUGUGGGGUUUUGUCUUCAUUUUUGCUUAAUUAAUCUGGUUUGAGUCGGAGUUCUGUCAUUUAAACCUCAAAGAGCCACAGCCUCAGUACCAAGAUAACAGUUGGAUAAAUAAUUUUAAAGGAAUCCUCAAUUUAGGUACUCUUGUGUUUGUAAAUCCUUAAAUAGCUUCCUUUAAGAGCUCUUUAUUGCUCAUUAUCAUCGUUUUUAUAAGAGCAUCUAGUAUUGGUUGUAUACAACAGUAGUGAUAAAAAUGUAGGCCUAUUGACCUUUCAAAGAACCUACAAACUUUGGAGGAAUGUUUAUAUAUGUGUACCUAUACUUUAUACCAGUCAGGAGUAGAAAUCUGUAAAAAUAACUUCUGCUAUGCAUUCAUUCCUUCCCUUAACACAGGCGUUCAAGUCCCUACUGUACUUUUCUGUUAAGGAAGUAAUGCAAUAACAAAAGCAGAAUGUAUUUGGAUAAUUUAUUUCCUAAUGAGUAUUAGUCAUUUUUUUAUAUUUGUAAUGAGCUUUAUAGUAAUUAAGUAGCAUAUGCUAUUUCAAUAGACAAGCUUCCUAUACUAUAAAAAUGCCCUUAGCUGUAAGACUGCAAGAAUAAUUAUACUGUAACACAUACUUUAUAAUAUGGACAGAAAGAAUACAUUCCUAACAGAACAUAGCCAUUGUUUCAAUGGUUCUGGUAUCAUGACAAACAUAUUUAUGUGAAAGAAAAUAUAAAUUCUUCACAAACUGUGUUCACUGCUUCAAAGAUCCAAAUGGGAAGCAGAACAUUUGCUUCAUCUUAAAUCUUGCUAGAAUUUGAACAUAGUUUUAGAAAUGCCUUUUGGCUUCUUGUUUGAAUUACUUCUCAUGCACAAGCUCUAAUGGAAAAUGGUUCAGGACAUAAAAAGAUUGCAAUUUCCCAGGUGAGCGCAAAACAUUUCAGACCAGUCAGCAUCAAUCUGAAGCUGCAUGGUCUGGAUGACAAAUGAAAUGUUAUUUACAUGUUGGGACUGCUUAAUCACCCAUGCUAGUAUUAGUUUAUAUAGGCCUAAAGAGCAAGCAGCUCACCUCAACUUUUGGCCUUUGCUCUGUGACCCACCCACUUGCAACAAAUCUCAUUUCCAAGUUAGUGAAAUGGAAUUUUAGAAUUGAAUGGGAUCUUGAACAUCAUUCGGUUCAAUCCUUAUUUUCCCAAGGAGGAACCUGCAGAUUUCAGCAACAGAGUGAGAAAUAGAACCUAGAUUGUCUGACUUCCAGUUUAAAGCAAUUUGUUCUGUUUUAGCUUGGUUCUGACAGUGAAGUUGGGAAUCAGUAAUGGAGUCAAGAAAUGGAUGUAACACAGAUGCUACAGGUAUUUUUAAAUAGUUAGUAUUCUUUAAAAAAAAAACCAAAGCUAACUUUAUCUGACUUCAAUUUAAUUCCGUAUCAGAUAAUAAACAUGGUGAUGUUAGUAUUACAUAUUCGUUACAUUUUCAUUACAUAUUUGCUUAUGUAUAAUAAAGGAAAAAGGGCCAAGAGCUCAACCUUAUCUUUUAGCCUUUUUCAGGAGAAAUAUCUCAUGUGUUACCAUGUUUGGAAUAGUCCCUAGUGUGGCCAAAAAGCAAGGAAUAAACAGCAAUUCAAUGUGGCUAAUGGCAAAAAAAAUAAAGGAAUUAUUCCCAAACAGAAAA